AUGGAUUCUCAACAUAAGUUCGGUGGCGCGCUCGUCUUGACGGGGUGGAGCCGUCUGGCCGCCCUCUGUUGCCUGCUGUGUAUUCUCUGCAGUCUGCCAUUUCCGCAGUCCUGUUAUUCUUCUAGUGGCGUUUCUGUGAGAAAUGCAUGGCCGUAUUCCUUGCUGGAAGCGACCGCUGCAGAGCUCCGAGGUACCUCUUCUUCAGCACCGCCUGCAUCAAUGGAACACACGGAUACCACAUCCCACGGAACAAGAGAGUACUCCUCCGCAAAACUGGCAGAAAACACGAAUACCGCAGUACCGGUAGACCACAGGGAUCCCCAAGAAGAGCAAACAGCAGAGAAGACAACAGAAAACUCAGAAACAGUUGAGUCAGACGUACAAAAGGAAAUCCAUUCAGAUGUGUCUUCCGCUGCAGAAGAGGGCACGCAUGAAAUCCCCGAUGACCGCCCCUCCAAGGGACCAGGCCAGGAGGAGCUCACAGCACAGCAUCCCCCGAGUUUGAGUCAAGAAGAGGAUAUCGACGAUAUCCAAGAGCGCGGAGAGACGCCACUUGAAGAAUACGAGCAAUGGGUUACGGCAUAUGAUAUCCCUGAGCAGCUGAGGAGGAGAAUCGAAGGUGACGAUCCCCUGUACUACAAUCUUGUGAUUGAAGAAAGGCUCUACUUGAUGGAACCGCCAGUCGGCGCAUAUCGGGAACAAAGAGACGAGUCACCUGAAAGUGAUGAGAUAUCUCCAGCAGAAGAACCUUCACACGUAGAUUCUGCGGAACAGUAUGCACAGAAGAACGGUGUGUAUGCCAUGUGUUACGCAAGGAACGAAGACGAGAUCUGGCAGCGCUGUGCUGCGGCCAGCGAGGCUGCGGAAGGGGUCUACAUUCAGAUGCACGAAAUGAUGGACUUCGGACGUCUUGUGGAUCCCGAUGAGGUCGAUCCAUCUACAGUUACCGCCAGCCUUUCAGAAGAUCACUAUCAGAGGACCCUGCGCGACCUGGGGACGUCGUGGUUCGCAGCCAUUAAGGAAAUGAAGGCGGCGACAGGUCUUAGGGUAGCAGGCAUUUGGUUCGGACCGCCCGACUUUGACAAGAUCGAUGCAGUCCUUAAGGAGAACCCGGGUGUCUUUGAAGGCGUGUAUGUUGACUGGGAAGACGGAGUCGGAGCUUGUGUCGACAAGAUAGAACGCCCACCAAGGACAACCACGAAGGGUGAACCCACUUGGUGGGCAGAUAAGCCAGACUUCUUCUUCAGAUAUUACAUGGGCGGUCAAGACGCGAGCACAUGCCUGCUGCAAGACAUGUCACCCUACUCGUUCGACAGCUACGUUCGCGCCGAUCGCGAAAUGAAGAUCCCGGAAGAGUGGGUGCCUAGUUUUCCAUGCUUCGCUGGCCACCAAGGAAGGUGCUACCGGGCGUUCAGGGCUAACAUCGCAGCCAGCUGCGACGCCGCACAACAAAGGUUCAUUUUUGCACCUUACGAGAGGACUUCGGACAAACUUCUAACGAUGUUCAGAGAAGGGUGCAAGGCUGUCGGAUACGGUGUCCCUCCUCAUGACGUUGUCCAGUUUGUUUGA